AUGUGUAUUUUUUUUAAUGAUGAACAUUUAAAAAGACAUUAAACACUUAAAAUAGCUUAAACAAAAUAAUCUGAAAUGAUAAAAAAUUAAGCUAAACCAUCCUCUCCAUUAUUAAUAUAAGAAAAAUAAUCAUCUGAUGAUAGCUAAAAAGAUAGUGAGUAAUUAAAAACAAGUACAGAAAGAAUCUAUCAAGAUAGAUAUUCAAAAUAUAUUGAAAAAUUUUCAUCCUGUACCAGUUAUGUAUUUAGUUAGUUAUGAAGAAUUUCGAUAUAGGAAAAAAAAUGAUAAAGUUGUUUAGAAAUAAUAAAUAUUUAUUGUUGAAUUAGUAGUUAAUGAAUAAUAAUUACUAAUUACAGAAAUAGGUUAUAGGAGAUAAUUGAGAGAUACAAUUUAGUAAAUUUAUUAAAGUUAUCAAUAAAAUAAUAACUUUUAGAAUAAUAAACUGAUGAAGAAGAUUCAAUAAGUAUGUAAGUUAAUUUUAGUGAGUAAAAGAGUUUUCAAGAUUAAGAAAUUAUAAACUAUCAAUUUCCUUCUCAUCCUUCAUAUUUUAUUGAUGAUGCCUAUCAAUUAGAUAACAAAGAGGUUUUAAUUACUGAUUAAAUUUACAGUCCAAAGUAAGACGAUAAGGGUGAUCUAUUUUUAUUAAGUAAGAUAUAAAUAGAAUAAAACUUUUUUAGAAAAUAGUAACAAAAAUAGCAAAGACAUAAAUAGGAAAAGUUAAGCUUCAAUAUAAUCAUUUAACUAUUUAAUAAAACACUUUAAGCUAAUUCUUUAUCUGUAAUAUUAAAUUUUGAAUUUUUAAAUUAAGCAUCUCCAAUACUAUGUUCAAAAAAAUAAUAAGAAUUUUAUAAUGAAAAUGAAUCUAAACUACCUUAUGAAAGUAAGUAUUCCUAAUAAUAAAUUUUUGAAGAAUAUUAAAUUAAAUAAACUCAAAAUCUAAAAUUGUUUGAAACUUAAUAUAAUUUAUUUUAAUAAUAACUUAAUUUGAUAAACAAUCCAUAUUCAUAUAGAUUAUAAAAAUAUUUAUUUUCAGACACUUAUAUUUUGAUAGUUUGUUACAUUAUACUUAUUUCAAUAUCAACUUAAGGAUAAUUUGAUUUCAAUAAUUGUCUUGAUUUAAUUGAAUUAAUGAUCACCAUUAACUUCAUUUGCAUAAAUUACACAUAGUUUAUAUCGAAUUGAAAUUUCAAAUCAAUUAUAAAUUCAAGGCAUGGGUAUUUGAAAUAAUUUUACAAUAAUUAAUCUUUUGGUUAACUUCAUGAUCUAAUCAACAUGUAAAACUAAUAUGCUAUAGAAAUCAAUUAAGCAGCCUAAAAUUUUGAAUAAUUUUAUGAUGUUGAAAACAAAAUUCAAAAAAUUACAUCAUUAUAAGAAGUAAUUUAAUUAAGUCUUGAAUAAUAUUAUAAACUCAAUCAUAAUAACAGCAAUGAUUCAUUCAUAGUCGAUUUCUCUCUUACAUUUGUAUUAGUUGCUAAUAUCAAAGCAGUUGGAUAACUCCCUUAAAAAGCAUACGAUUCAUGCAUUUAAGAAAAUCUUAAUGAUCAAAAACAUAUUCAACUAUUUUAAUAAUAUAUAUGGUUGUUACAUUCUUUGUAACAGAGAAAUCAUAGAACUCUUUAUAAGGAAAUUAUUAAACUAGAACCUCAUGAAGUCAACGAUGAAAUUGAAAUUUACAAUGCUGUAGUCAAUAUAUUAAAAAAAUCAAUUUAUGAAUGGAUGUUAAUUGAUUUUGUAUAGGAAACAUAAAUGUUUGAAAUAAAUUAGCAUCGGAGGUCUGUCACUCAUAAUUUAGGAAUAUAAAAGGUAAAUAAUUCUGAUACCGGAAUGGUUUCUAAUUCAAAUAAAAAAAGUAAAAAUAAAUUAAUGGAAAAAUUGAAAAAAUCAAAAAUGAAUCAAAAUAAAUAUAUCGCAAUAUUAAUGGUUGGAUUACUUGUAAUUCUAGCAUAUUUCCUUAUUGUCUUUCUUAUUAUUUUUAUUCUAUCAUAAGACAUUAUUUUCAAUAUUGAUGCUAUAUUUUAAUCCAAAUUAGCCCAGUCCUCAAUUAUCAACUUAAUUAAUAAUGUUGAUUUAAUAGCUCAUUCAACCUUAUAAAGCAAUACUUACUAAAAUAUCAUGAAUAUCUCUUAAUUUUAAAUGUACUCUGCAGUUCUUAGUGAUAAUACAACUGAUAUUUUUUUUGAAAAAUAUAAAAACUAAUUGCUUUCAACUUUUGUUGAUUAAUCAUUAUAAAAUAACUUUAAUUUUUUAAAUGAAGAAAACAUUUGCAAAUAGGAAAUAGGAAUUGAUUGUUCAUUAACUGAUGCUAUCUAAUUAAAUCCUGAAAUGAUUCCUCACUAUGAAUAAGGAAUGAAAUCUCUUUUAACCUAAAUAAGUACAAUAAUAGCUCAGUAUCCCUAAUUUUUCGAUACUCAUGCUGUUGCUAAUAAUAAAUAAACCUUAAUUGAUUUUUACAAUAAUUAGUAACAUAUUCUUUAUAUUGAUUAUGGAAGUGAAAUAUUGAUUAAAGCUUAUUAAAAACUUAUAAGCAUUCAAAAAGACUUAUUUAAUUAACUUUUAGAUUUAUACAAAAGAUUGUUACUCAUAUUCACAUUAAGUGUUGGCUUAUUUGGACUGAUAAUUAUUUUUUUAUUAGGCAAAUAUUUGCUUAAGAUGCAAAAAGAUUCGAUUGACACAUGCUUAACUGCUUUAUUACUUGUUUCUCCUAAAAGAUAUCUUAGUAAAUAAUUAGGAUUGAUCAUUUAAAAAAAAUUAUGA